UCGAUAUAAACAUUACGUCAUUGUAGUCUGUAAUGUAGACAGUUCAUCACUCAUUAUCAUCAAACAAUAAUUUUUUUCUUUCAAGUUAUUAACUAUUUUUAGAAAUAUUUUUAAAUUAACAAAUCUACUGAAGUUCUUUCAAGAUGUGGCAACAAAAAUUAAAGUUUUAUAACAAAUGGAAAAACUAUCAAUGGAGUGUGCUAAAUAAUUUUUAUCGAUCAUUAUUAAAUUCGCGUUCCAUUCAUGUAUCAGCUAAUCAAUUAAACGAAACAAAUCAUGGUAAUGACAUAUUACCCCAAGAUAAACAAGUUGUCAUAUGUGGAGGUGGUGUAAUGGGAGCAGCUGUAGCUUACCAUCUAGCUAUUGCAGGUUGGGGGUCUCGUACUAUUUUAGUAGAUAGUGGAAGAAUUGGCGAAGGUGCUACUUGGCAUACCUCUGGUUUAGUGGGAGCAUUCAAACCUUCCUUAUUUCAAGUGAAACUUACUCAAGACAGUAUUUCACUUUAUAAAGAAUUUGAAGAAAAGGGUUUAGAUACUGGUUGGAAACAAUGUGGAAGCUUAUGUCUAGCUAGAACUAGAGAUAGGAUGACAACAUUUAGACGAAUGAAAGCACAAUCUGUAUCGAGAAAUAUUGAAUGCUAUCUAGUGACUCCUCAAGAAAUUUCAAAUUUAUGUCCACUACUAAAAGUAGAUGAUUUAGUUGGUGGUAUUUGGAUUCCUGGUGAUGGUGUUGCAGAUCCUUAUCAAACAUGUUUAAGUUUAUUACAGGAAGCUAAAAAGCACGGUGUUUCUGUUUACGAAAAUUGUCAAGUAACAAAAAUCAUGAGUACGAAUGGGAGAGUAUCUAAAGUAGAAACAUCACGUGGCAGUGUUGACUGUGAAUAUUUUGUUAAUUGUGCCGGAUUUUGGGCCAGAAAUAUUGGAAAAUGCAGUGAUCCUUACGUUAAGGUUCCCUUACAUCCUGUAGAACAUUACUAUUUACAUACACAAAAAAUUCCAGGAUUAGAUCCAAUGACUCCUGUAAUAAGAGAUCUGGACGGUUUUAUUUAUUUUCGUGAGAAUGAAGGACGAUUGCUAGCAGGUGGAUUUGAGCCUGAUGCAAAACCAGCUUUUGAAGAUGGAUCAAUUCCUGAAAGUAUAGCUGAAAGAAUUUUACCCGAAGAUUGGGAUCAUUUUCAUGUUCUCCUUGAGCAAAUGCUCCAUCGUAUUCCAAGUAUGGGCGAUGCUCAGUUAGAUAAGCUAUGUAAUCGACCAGAGGCUUUUUCUCCCGAUUGUAAAUGGAUUGUUGGAGAAGCACCAGAAAUGAAAAAUUAUUAUAUAGCAGCAGGAAUGAAGACAAUUGGAGUAUCAGCAGCUGGAGGAGUUGGUAGAGCUACUGCUGAGCUUAUAAUUAAUGGAUCAACAUCAUUAGAUAUGUAUGAACUUGAGGUUUCGCGGUUUUUGGGUCUUCAUAAUAACAGAAAAUUUUUACGAGAUCGAGUCCGAGAAGUCCCUAGUGUGCAUUAUGCAUUGCAAUAUCCAUAUUUAGAAUUUCAAACUGGACGUAAUCUAAGAAUGUCUCCAAUUUAUCCAAAACUUAAAGCGGCUGGUGCUGUAUUUGGACAAGUUAUGGGAUAUGAAAGACCUUCAUGGUUUGAACCAGAUCAUGAAGUUGAUUUAGAUCCCAUUGAUGAAUUUGAAAAUUAUAAAAUCGCAUACACAAAUACAUUUGGUAAACCACCGUGGUUUGAUCAUGUGGCUCGAGAGUAUGCUGCUUGCCGAGAAACAAUUGGUCUGAGUGAUUAUUCGUCUUUUACAAAAAUCGAUUUGUGGUCCAAUGGAACAGAAGUAGUGGAUUUACUUCAAUAUCUAUGCUCUAACGACGUCGAUGUACCAGUAGGGAAUGUUAUUCAUACAGGAAUGCAAAACCAUCGAGGUGGAUAUGAGAAUGAUUGUAGUUUAGCUAGAAUUGCCCAUAAUCACUACAUGAUGAUAGCACCAUCAAUUCAACAAACUCGUUGUAAGCACUGGAUUAAACGACAUUUACCUUCAGAUGGAUCUGUUGCUGUAUCUGAUGUAACUUCAGCCUACACAGCAAUUUGUAUUAUAGGACCAGCAACCAGACAAUUAUUAGCUGAACUAACUGAUACAGAUCUUAGUCCAAAAAACUUCCCUUUUUUUACUUUUAAAGAACUUGAUGUUGGAUUAGCUACUGGAAUAAGAACUAUGAAUCUAACUCACACUGGUGAACUUGGCUAUGUUUUAUAUAUUCCAAAUGAGUUUGCUCUUCAUGUAUAUACAAGACUGGUAGAAGCAGGAGAAAAAUAUAAUAUUAAACAUGCUGGAUAUUACGCCACUCGUGCCUUACGAGUAGAAAAAUUUUAUGCCUUUUGGGGCCAAGACUUGGAUACUUUUACUACUCCGUUAGAAUGUGGACGUGCUUGGCGAGUAAAAUUUGACAAAGACAUAAAUUUUAUCGGCCGUGAUGCUUUAUUGAAGCAACGAGAGAUUGGUGUUAAACGUAGAUACAUUCAGCUUUUACUAAUUGAUCAUGAUGUUGAUUUUGAUACAUGGUGUUGGGGUGGAGAACCUAUUUAUCGUAAUGGAAAAUAUUGUGGCAUGACAACUACCACAGGAUAUGGAUACACUUUUAGAAGCCAAGUAUGUCUUGGAUUCAUUGAAAAUUUAGAUGAAAAAGGGAAACCUCAGCAAGUAUCAAAUGAAUAUGUUUUAUCUGGAGACUAUGAAGUAGAUGUAGCCGGUAUAAGAUAUCGAGCUAAAUGUCAUCUACAUAGUCCAAAUCUUCCAACAAAGUUCCCAGACAAAGAACGAGAUUCUUAUCAUGCAACACGAGAUCAAAUCACAUCUCGAUAAGUUAUUUAUCUUCCAAUUUGUACAAACUGUGUGUAUAGAACAAAAAAAAAAAGUAAAUAAUACAUUUUUUUUUCUUCCUUUCUAAUAUUCAUAAAAAUUGAUAUAUUGAUAAUAAAUGUGAUUAUUAAAUAUUUGA